GAUAUUGACAAAAUAACGUUGCUGUUUACAAAAUAACCUAAUAUAGUUGCAGUAUACCUGAUGCGACAAGAUUCCAGUUGUCCAAAAAGGAGUAUGCUUGCGCGAUCGCGUUUAGGGUAAUAUUCAUGCUAUCGCAGCACCUUCACGUGUGAUGGCACAAUGCGAUGAUUCCCAGAGCCACUGCAAUGGUCUCGCAGUGGCUGGAUGCAAGGGAGAAUGUGUGCUACCUCACAUGCCAUGGUUUGGCAUGGACGUGGGAGGCACGCUGGCCAAGCUAGUGUACUUUGAGCCAACUGAUGUCACCGAGGACGAGGAACAGCAGGAGGUGGAGACGUUGAGGACCAUUCGACGAUACCUGACCGGUAACGUGGCGUACGGCUCGGCCGGCAUCCGUGACGUGCACCUGCAGAUGGAGGGCGUGCGUCUCGGCGGCCGCACGGGCACGCUGCACUUCAUCCGCUUCCCGACAAGCUCCAUGCGCGCAUUCAUCGAGCUGACGAAGGAGAAGAAGCUGGCGACGCUCGCCGACACGAUCUGCGCGACAGGCGGUGGCGCCUACAAGUUCGAGCACGACUUCAAGACGGAGGUGAAUCUGACUCUGCAGAAGCUGGACGAGCUGAACAGCCUGAUACAGGGCAUUCACUUCAUCGACUCUCUGUACCUAUCCGAGUGCUAUUACUGGUCUCACCCGGACAUACGCGACUCAGAACAGUGCAAAAAGCUUCCGUUUGAUUUCUCUGAUCCGUAUCCUUACCUGGUCGUCAACAUUGGGUCAGGUGUGAGCAUACUGGCCGUGCGCUCAAAGGACGAAUACCAGCGUGUGAGCGGAACGAGUUUGGGAGGUGGAACAUUCCUAGGACUUUGCUGUCUGCUAACUGGUUGCCAGACUUACGAAGAAGCCAUUGAAAUGGCAACGCACGGUGAUAGCACAAAGGUUGACAAACUGGUGAAGGACAUCUAUGGGGGUGACUAUGAGCGGUUCAACCUUCCAGGACACAUUGUGGCCAGCAGUUUCGGCCACAUGUUGUCACCCGAACAUCGAGAAGAUGUGACGAAAUGUGAUCUAGCCAGAGCAACCCUUGUGACGAUUACCAACAACAUUGGCUCCAUAGCCCGAAUGACAGCUCUUAACCAGGGAAUUGACAAGGUGGUGUUUGUAGGAAACUUCCUUCGAGUCAAUCCAAUAGCCAUGAAACUGUUGGCGUAUGCCAUGGAAUACUGGUCCAAAGGCCAACUGAAGGCUCUCUUCUUGGAACAUGAGGGAUAUAUGGGCGCCGUAGGAUGCUUGUUGGAGCUUGUUAAACAAAAGCUGUCCUAACGUCUGUAACGAUUAAUCGCACGUUAACAUGCACAGUGUCAUUGGUUAGCAAGUCAGUAAUGUAAGUGAUAUAAAACACAAUGGCAUUUAUGUGUCCAUGCCAUAUCAAUGUCUCUGUGUUAAGGUUGUGGAGAAUUUCCACUAUGGAUAUUGUAAUAUAUUUGAUACAAGCAGUUGCACUGAAGUUCAUGUCGCGAAUAUAGCAUAUAGAAACUCGAAAAGACUCGGUAGUUCCCGAUAAGAAAUAAUCUUAUACGUAGGCCAGUCAUGCGUCUGCAUCUGUUUUUCUAAGAUUACGUGCAACGUUUUGUGUGCCUGAGGCACAAUAACGCCUAGAAGCACAGAGCUAGAAGUAAAAGCAUGUGAAUGCAUUAUUUUCGCCACUAUUUUGUAAUCCCAACGGAAUUUAUUGUGUUGUUGCAUAUUUCAUGGCUAAGUCAUGAAGUCAAAAUUAACAGAUUGAGUUACUUAACAUUGUUCUGUAAAAAUGUCAAAAUAUUUGUAUAUAUUUAUAUAUGUACGGUGUUUAAGAGAAUGUGCUGCAUGACCACUGGAAUAUAAGAGUAC